AUGCCUUCUUUCAAAUGGUCAAUUCGAGUAAAUGAGGACAAAGCGUACGUGUUUGUCAACGGUAUUCGGCAUUCCAAAAAUAGUGUAGAAUAUUUGCACGUUCUGCGCGCUGAAGUGGGAAAAUUUAAGAAUCGCGUGGCUGUAAAGUUGAUUUUCGUUCGAGGGGCAGAUGGCAAAAGAGAACACUGUUUCUUCUCCACAGGGAAAUAUGACUGGUCAGCAAGCAAUGGGCUUUUCCGCGAAAUUGUUGCGACUGAAAAUGAGCAACAAUGGGCUGCAAAAUGCAAUGAAGCCAUUGAAAAGUUAGAAAAGCAAGAUUGCGCUAAUGAUGGUCAAGAUCAACAAAAUCAAGGUGGAUCCAAGGAUUCCGAGCCUGUUUUAAUCACUAAUGAAGAUGAAGCUAUAAAUUUAAAAAGGGGAUCUUCAUCUCUUGUGGAACAGCUGAGUACUCCCCUAACCAAGAAAAAGUGUCAAGAUGAAGAGGCCAAAGAAUUACAAUACCAAACAAGAGCAAAAGAAUGCGAAGUUGAUGAGCAAUUCUAUGUUCCGGUUGGCAAUAUUGAACUACCUCCAGCAGACAGAAUGAUCAGGAAAGUGGAUGAAAUAUUUUUGGCCCAAUUAAAGGAAAAUAUGGAAAGUAACCCCAAUGGCUCAUAUGAACCUCUUUACUUGUUGGUAAAAGGUCUGAACAGAAAGGAGAACAUUUCAAAAUCAGAUGUCAGCAGCUAUCAGUAUGAGGUACUUGGUGGUACGCAUAACUUGUUGGCAACAAAGCAACUUUUAGAGAAGCACCCUGAUAGUGAAGAGUAUAAGGGAAGAUAUGCAAGAAUAUUUGUUAGGUUAACAAAUUUUGAAGCUUUAUGGCUGGCGUCAAGGCAUAAUAAGACUGGGUGUUUCCGUCAUGAAAUGACAUUCAAAGAUGAGGUGGAAGUUGCUCACAGGCAGUUGGAGAUCAUUGGUACAAAAAAUGAGAACAAUGAUUUAGUUCCUAGUCAGCAAUGGAGAGACAGAUGUUCCCACAUAUUAGGAAAGACAAAGAAAAAUCUUUCUGAUGUAUUUCUUGUUGCUGCUCUCCCAGAAGAUGGUUAUCAGUCAUUCCUUGAGAUGUGCCGAAAAUAUGAAAAAGGUCUUCUGAAAGACCAGCGAGCAAUGGCAAAGGACCUACAAGAAAAGCCGAGGUUCAAGCCAUCAUACAUCAAAUGCUUAUUUGGCCUCGACGUUUCAGAUCGUGUUGCUCUGUUGGGUCAGGUUGCUGACCAAAGUAACAGUCUGGAUGAACUGAAAUUAGUGUGCAAGGAGUGCAAAGUACUGAAGCCUGUCCAAAAAGUGAUUUCUUCAUUUCUUGGAUGUAAAUGGGAAUUGCUUAGUGCAAAAUUGGGAGAGAAAGUCAGCGUUGACCAGUUAAGGAAAUUUACAGGAAAAGAUGAAACCAACCUUAUUUUCAGACAAUACUUGGAAUAUCUGCAAAAGAGUCUGACCAUCGAGGAAUCAGACAGCACUAGUUUCCUGGACCUAGUGGACCGUUUAAAUUUUGGUGUGUGCCACAUUUUCAACGUAGCAAUAAUGGGGGAUAUCCAUCAAUUAAUGGAAAUAAAAAAAUGGAUCGAGGAACACCGUGGAAUCUGCGAACUUGGUUUCGCAUGUGUUAAAGGAGUUAAGCCAUCAGUUGCUGGAGCUGCUGCAGUCAUGAAGGAAGGCAGGAAUGUUUUAUGCUUAACACCAAAUGAAGAAGAAGCAAAC